UGAGUACUCUAUUUUGAACCUAGCAGCGCUCCGUAGUCUGACGUUUGCUGUGAAAAUUAGGCUCCAGCUGCAAAUAGCGGCUUACAGAUCUUCAGCUGGCCGGGGUUUAGGUUACAGCAACCGGUCACAACAGGAGGAGAGUACUGGGACGGCGAGAAGCGGCGGGUUAGUGUUUGCUAUAGCUAGGCUGUUAGCUUUAGCUUUUAGCCUGCCGUUAGCUUCAAAGACUGCUAGGAAACCAAACCGACCCGAGAGACGGAGGCACAAACCCGCGUUCAUCUCACUGACACCCAGAACCAGAACCGAACCGGUUAGCUGGUGUUAAACCGACUACUGCGCAGUGUAUGGAUCGGUGAAUCCAGUUCCCGUCAGGAUGAGCACAAAGGGAGGUGUUACGGCUCUGACCCGCAGGAACUACAGACUGGCCUCGGACACGGACAAACCCAGAUCCACAGGUAUCGUGAAUGAGAAGCUGCUGAGCGACUACCUGCAUCAUGUGUUUCCUUCCACCAAACAGGGACAGACUGUCGCCUCUCUCAGAAAGCCUCUUGGUUUCCAGGACCUGGGAUCUCACUUGGAGAAACUUCUGUCUGAGGAAGAACCUUCUGAGGAAAGCAGAGAUCAGUCUGCAGAAGGCCGCCUGGGUCCUCAGCCCGUGGUACUGGAUCACACCAGCGGCUUCGAAGGUCUGCUGUUUGUGGAUGAUGACCUGCUGGGGGUGAUCGGCCACAGUAACUUCAGCUCCAUCAGAGCCACCAGCUGUGUGUUUAAAGGGAAAUGGGCCUACGAGGUUCUGAUCUCCUCCCAGGGGCUGAUGCAGAUCGGCUGGUGCACACUGAGCUGUCGCUUCAACCAAGAGGAAGGCGUAGGGGACACUCCAGACUCCUACGCCUAUGAUGGGAACCGGGUGAGGAAGUGGAACGUGACGACCACCAACUACGGAAAGUCUUGGGCAGCUGGAGACAUUGUGAGUUGUCUGAUCGACCUGGAUGAGGGCACCAUCACCUUCUGCCUGAACGGUCAGUCUCUGGGUACGGCCUUCAACAACAUUAAGACGGGCCCCGGCGUCGCGUACUUCCCGGCCAUCAGCCUGUCCUUCAAAGAAUCGGUGGCUUUUAACUUCGGCAGCAGACCGCUCAGAUACCCAGUGGAAGGCUACCUGCCCCUUCAGGACCCCCCCACCGCAGACCUGCUGAAGGCCCACAGACUGCUGGGUUACAUCAAGAAUGUUCUGUCUGUCACCAUCGAUGCCCAGGAGGAGAAGCUGUUGGAGAAGGACUCUGCAGCCUGGAGGCUUCAUGGAGAACCAACCAUUCUCAUCACUCUGGCUCACAUCUUCAACUAUUUUGCUCCUCUCAUGUGUAAGGUCUACCUGGUGGAGGAUGUUCUGAUGAACUUCCUGCUGGGGAUCCUGGAAGGAGGAGGAUCUGUGGAUGAACAUCCGCUCAUCCAGCAGCUGCUGGACCUCUUUUGGCUGCUAAUGGAGGACCACGAGGUAAACGAGUGUCUAAAGCAGCUCAUGAUGUCUCUUCUGAGGGCGUACCGUUUCUCUCCCAUCAUCCCAGACCUGGGCUUCCAGAUCCACUAUCUGCGCCUGACCACGGCCAUCUUGCGUCAUGAGAAGUCCAGGAAGUACCUGCUCAACAAUGUCCUGUUUGAUGUUCUACGUUCUGUGGUCUUCUUCUACAUUAAGACUCCUCUGAGGGUUAAGGAGGCGGGGCUGGAGGAGCUCAUCCCGACCACCUGGUGGCCCACACACUUCGAUAAAGAGGGUAAAGAUGAACGAGAGCCCACAGACGAGAGUUCAGACGAGCGUCUGAGGCGCCGAGCAUACGAGAGAGGCUGCCAGAGGCUGAAGAAGAGGAUCGAAGUGGUGGAGGACCUGCAGGUCCAGAUCCUCAAGCUGCUGCUCAACAAUAAAGAUAAAACGACGGGUGAAGCUUCUCGUUACAUUUUCCUUAACAAGUUCAGGAAGUUCCUGCAGGAAAACGCCAGCAACCGAGGGCAUCCCACAGCUCUGUGCCCUCCGGAGUACAUGGUGUGUUUCCUGCACCGCCUCAUCACCGCCGUGAGGAGCUGCUGGGAUGAAGGCAACAGGAAGAGCCCCAGCAGCCUCAGCAGUGAAGAUGCCUACGUCCCCCCGCAGCUCUUCUACAAUGGGAAGGUCGACUACUUUGACCUGCAAAGACUGGGGGGGCUCCUUUCUCACCUGAAGAAAACCCUUAAAGAUGACCUUUCCAGUAAGGCCAACAUCGUCAUCGAUCCUGCAGAGAUCCAAGCCGCUUCCAUGGACGACCUGGAUGAAGACGAGGAGAGCGGGGCUGCUCAGAGGCCAUUCGGAGCAGCAGCAAUGGGCGGAGCUUUAGCCAGGCCCAGCUGGUUGAGUUCUCCCACUCUGGGCCGGGCCAACCGGUUCCUGAGCACGGCCGCGGUCAGCCUGAUGACCCCCAGACGGCCGCUGUCUCAACCAGAUAAGGUCAAGGUCCGGACCUUGGCUGUGGAGCAGCGUACCGAGGAGGACAUCGAAGGGAGCCACGGAAACGACGGCCUGUUGCUGGGGCGACCGCAGGAGGAGCCAGAUCAGCCAAUCACAGACAAGUCUCUGCUUGAGAUCAUCGACGGUAUUGUGAUGAUGUACAACCUGAGCGUUCAUCAACAGCUGGGGAAGAUGGUGGUGGUGGCAGACGAGGUCCAUGAAUACGCCGUGGCUCUGAAGGACACGGAGGAGAAGAUCGCUCGCUGUCCUGCUCGGCGUGCUGACAUCCUGGACGAGCUCCAGAAGAGUCAAAAUGUUUUUGCAGAGAAGCUGAACCACCUGAGCCGCAGAUUGGCCUGGAUCAACGCCACCAUCUACUCCAAGGAGAAAAUGCUGGACGUCUAUUGGCUGCUUUGUGUUUGCAUCCGGACCAUCGAGCACGCCGACGCCACCGGUACGUUGUUCGCCUUCACUCCAGAGUUCUACCUCAACGUGGCCAUGAACACAUACAGCGCCCUCAAGAACUACUUCAGCCCUGCUAACGGCAUGGAGGAGCUGCCAGGCUAUGAAGAAACGCUGACUCAGCUCGCCGCCAUCCUCGCCAAGCACUUUGCGGACCCGCGCAUCGUUGGAACAGAUAUCAAAGAUUCCCUGAUGCAGGCGUUGGCCAGCUACGUCUGUUACCCACAAUCCCUCAGGGCGGUGGAGCGGAUCCCAGAGGAGCAGCGAGUGGCCAUGAUGAGGAACCUUCUGGCUCCAUAUGAGCAGAGGCCCUGGGCUCAGACCAAUUGGAUCUUGGUCAGACUUUGGAGGGGUUGUGGGUUUGGCUACAGGUACACCCGUCUGCCUCACCUGCUGAAGACCAAACCUGAGGACGCCAACCUGCCCAGCCUGCAGAAACCGUGCCCGUCGUUGCUGCUGCAGAGACACAUGGCGGAGCUACUGAGCAUGGACAAAGACAUGGCCGCCUCUUUUCUCAACAGCGUCCUGAACCAGCUCAACUGGGCCUUCUCUGAGUUCAUCGGUAUGAUCCAGGAGAUCCAGCAGGCUGCAGAGCGUCCAGAGAGAAACUAUGUGGACACUCGUCAGCUGAAGGUGUGUGCAACCUGCUUCGACCUGUCUGUCAGCCUGCUGAGGGUUCUGGAGAUGACGGUCACCUUGGUCCCAGAGAUCUUUCUGGACUGGUCCCGCCCGUCAGCAGAGCUGCUUUUGAGACGGCUUGCUCAGCUGCUGAACCAGGUUCUGAAUAGAGUGACGGCUGAGAAGAACCUGUUUGAUCGGGUCGUUAACCUCAGGCUGCCAGGUCUGGAGAGUGUGGACCACUACCCGAUCCUAGUGGCAGUGACAGGAAUCCUGGUCCGGAUCCUGGUGGAUGGAGACAAACAGGGAACAUCUCGAGCUGCCGCCGUCCUCCUCUCUGACCCCUGCUUCCAGCUCCACUCCAUCCAGCACCUCCUAGGAGAGCCAGGAGACCCCCCCAAUGCGUCAUCUGUCAGCCGUCCUGUGGCCGCCUCUUUGGGUUCCUCUGUGGCUCCUCUGGCUCCUUCUGCAGCUGUAAACUCCUCAGAGAGGAAACAUUUCUCCCUGCAUGCAUACACCGACUACAUCAGCCAGGAGGAGAAGCAGAAGGUUGAGAUGAUGCUGGAGUUUCUCACUGAAGAGUCUAAACAGGCCGCCGCCUCCACAGCACCAACCAGUGAGGAAGAUCUCUGUCCCAUUUGCUACGCCCACUCCAUCUCUGCUGUGUUCAGGCCCUGCUCGCACAAGUCCUGCAAAGCCUGCAUCAACCAACAUCUGAUGAACAACAAGGACUGUUUCUUCUGUAAAGCCACCAUCACCGGGGUAGAAGAUUACAGCAAGCCCUCCUCCUCCUAACACACACACACACCUGAAAAUACACAUCUGACCCAAACCUAGCAGAACACCCCCGCCACCCCGCAUGAAGGCAUCUGCAGAGUCACAAGCGCUCAAUGAGCUUCAAGCUCGAUCAAACCGGUGGGAAGAACCUUUAUUUUGAAAGUGCCCAAGUGUAUGUGUGACACUGAAACCCCCUUUGACUCCGGACUGUUCUUCACGCUCAGGAUCAGAACACUGUUUGUUUUACUGGACCUUCUUGUUCUUUUUCAGUUUUUCUUCUAUAAAUGGUUCAGAACCAACUUUAGUCCCAUUUUAGUUUAGUGCAUCUCUGCAGGUCUGAUGAUUUCAGCUGCAGUCA